AAAUGAGUUAAAAUAUGUUGUGUUUAUUUCUGUUCGCUUUAACUGUGAUCAGUGGUUUAACGUCGAAUGCAAUUUGGAACCAAAAUGUUGCCCAAGAAACACAUACGGCAUUUGUUUGCCCAGGUACAAACCUGCUUCACACUCCAAACGGCUAGUAUACAAUCGCACAGCAGAAAAGUUCGACCGGUUAAUCGCAUGAACGGCUGGCAGAUCCACUCGUACGGCGCUCUAGACGAAGUGGAGUUCAGCGACAGUAUUAAAAUGCCCGUUCUAUCUUCACCGAAUCAACUGCUGGUGAAGAUCGAGGCGGCUUCCGUCAACCCUAUCGAUGUGGCCAUGAUCAAAGGGUAUGGCGCAUCAGUUUUGAAUGCCAUGCGAUGUAAUAAAAGCGACAUAGAAUUUCCCCUCAUACUGGGCAGAGAUUUUGCCGGCGAGAUCGUCCAGAAGGGUUUCGGAAUUCCCGAUCGGGACUUGGGCGUUGGCGAUCAAGUUUGGGGAGUGGUUCCCUUGAAUCGGCAAGGCUGUCACGCUGAAUAUGUCGUAGUUGAUCGCUGCUGUCUGUCCAAAAAGCCAGAAAAGCUCAGUAAGAUUGAUGCAAGCGCUAUUCUGUAUGCUGGAUUAACAGCGUGGUCAGGUCUUUACAUUACUGGUCAACUGGGUAGCCUGUUGGGUGCCAUUUCACCUGUUGGCGGUGGGCGGGGAAAGAAAGUUCUCGUUCUAGGUUCUUCUGGGGGAGUUGGAACAAUUGCUGUCCAGAUGCUGCUAGCUGAGGGUGUAGAAGUGUUUGCCACAUGCUCAGCCGAUGCUGUGGAGAAAAUUCAAAAUUUAGGUGUGAACUACGUGUUUGAUUACAACGAUCCUCAGCAUGAGAAAAUGAUAAUCAGUGCAGGAAAAUUCGAUAUCAUCUUGGAUUGUGCCGGUAAAGGUUCGGAAUAUGCAACCAUGAUUCCUUGGCGGUUCGACAAGUACAUAACGUUCAAUUCACCGGUGUUGAAAAACAUUGACGAUAAUGGUUUCGCGUCAGGAAUGUACCAAAAUGCAACAAGCAUAUUGCGUAACAAUUUGACAUCGGUUAGCGGCCAAAAUGGUCUAGUCAUGUGGGGAUACUUUGUGCCGGCUCCACAGGGUAUUGCCUAUCUGCAGAAGUUGGUAGAGAAAGGAAAAUUACUACCGGUUAUCGAGCAAGUGCUUCCGUUCGAUAAAAUGUUAGAUGCCUAUACGCGCGUUGAUGCCAAGCAUUUGCGUGGAAAGAUUGUGAUAGAUUACAACACUUAAGUCGAAAUAAAUUAGUAAAAGAAUUUUGUUAUUAUCUAAUCAGCGUGUACACUUUUUAAAGUA